GACCCCCCGGGGGGUCGCGGUACCCCUCCGUGGGGGUCGCGAGAUGAUUUCCAGAACAGCAAAAGAAAAAAAAAGAAAAAAUUUUUUCGAGAGGGCCUUUACAUUUUUAUUUUAUAUAUUUUUUGUUGCUGAAAUAUCUGUUUAAAAUAGUUAAAUAACUAUAUGAAAAAAAAGUUUUUUUUUUUUGUUAUUAUUAUUUUAACAUUACGUCAAUUACAAAUGAAGUUUACGUCUAUGACGCAGCAUACGUGCCCUUCGUUUUAAUCUUAAUGCUAGAGCUAGCUUUCUGAAGUUGCGAUUAAGACCUUUAUCAAAAUGAAACGGUGGCUAAUAUCCACAACUCAAAAACAGAGUGAAGUUGAAAAGCCAGAUUUGCAAGCGGCAAGGCCUGAUGACAGAGCAGGAAGCACCGUGGGAACACCAGAGAAGUCUGCGGAGGACUGCGACACAGAACCGCCAGAGCAUCGCCCGGCAGCGGCUAAGGUGGGAGCCCGCCAAGCCCACAAAUCGGACACUUCUUCAUCCAAAUCAAGAAAAUACAGGGAUGAAUUUAUUAAGUAUGGAUUCGUGUGUCACGUUGUAAAUGGUAUACAACACCCACAGUGUGUAGUGUGCUCGGAGGUCCUUGCUCACGAGAGCCUUAAACCGGUGAAAAUGUUGAGACACCUGACGACUAAACAUCCUUCACUUGUGUCAAAACCAGCAGAAGUUUUUUCGCCGAAAGGAGGGAGAACUAAGAGGGCAAAAGAGGGUCCUAACUAAACAAACUACAAUCCCUGCCAAAGCUCAGAGGGCUUCAUAUGAAGUGGCAUAUUUAAUUGCUCAAGCAAAAAAGCCUCACACAAUUGGAGAAAGUUUGAUCAAACCCGCCGCGGUGGCGAUGAGUCGAGUCAUGCACGGGGAUAAAGCCGCCGCUGAGCUGACACAAGUCCCGCUGUCAGAUGGGACAGUAUCCCGCCGCAUCAGUGAGAUGGCACAGGACAUCAAGACUCAGCUCAUUGAUGCAGUGAAAGAAGGAAAGUAUACUUUACAACUGGACGAGUCAACUGACGUUUCGCAUUGUGCCCAGCUUCUUGUUUUUGUGAGAUACGUUUUUAAAGAGAAGCUUAAUGAAGAAAUGCUCUUUUGCACGCCGCUGGAAGGAGCGUGUACAGGCGAGGACAUUUUUUAACAAACUGGACAGCAAGCUAAAAGAAGAAGGUAUGUCCUGGAGUGAGUGCUUAUCAGUGUGCACAGAUGGAGCAGGGGCAAUGCUGGGGAAAAAGAAGGGGUUGAGAGCACGAGUCCAGCAAGUUGCCCCUCACGUCUGCUUUACCCACUGCAUUAUACACAGAGAAGCCCUUGCAUGUAAAUCACUGAGUGCAGAGUUAAAGCACGUCCUUGACACAGCAGUGAAAAUCGUGAAUUAUAUAAAAUCACGUCCGCUUAACACCAGACUGUUUGCAACCCUCUGUAACGAAAUGGGAGCGGAGCACCAAGGCCUCCUGUUGCACACAGAGGUGAGAUGGCUUUCCCGGGGAAAUGUACUGAGCCGCUUGUGUGAGCUGAGGGAAGAGGUGCGCAUCUUCCUCGCCGACCAAAGAUCACCUCUCGCAGAACACCUCUCUGAUCCUGACUGGGUAGCAAGGCUGGUGUAUUUAUCAUCUGUUUUUGGCAAACUGAAUGGGUUGAAUAUGUCACUGCAAGGUGAAAACACAAGCAUUUUGACCCUCAAUGACAAAGUGCAAGCAUUUGUGCGUAAACUGGAGCGCUGGAGAGAGCGCGCUGAAGCUGGACAUAUGGACAUGUUUACUGAGCUGGAUGAUUUUAUUGAAGAAAAUGCUUUGAGUGUGAACAUUGUAAGGGCGUCUGUAGCGGAUCACCUUCAGUCUCUUGUGGAUCAUUUUAAAAAGUAUUUCCCAGAAGAAACUGCUCCUGAAAGGCAUGAUUGGAUCCGAUCCCCGUUCACUGCAAAAACAAAUCAUUUGACAUCUGACUUUGAGGAUGCGCUGAUUGAACUUUCAUCUGACCGAACCCUGAGAGCGCUUUUUGAUGCCAAGAGCCUGGAUGAGUUUUGGAUUUCGGUGAGGAAGGAGUACCCGCAGCUGUCUGCAGCAGCAUUGAACACACUGAUGCCAUUUGGCUCUACGUACUUAUGCGAAAAAACUUUCUCUGCACUGACUUACAUCAAGAACAAGCACAGAUCUCGACUUAAUGUGGAGGACGAUCUCCGAAUUGCCGUCUCCAAAAUCAAACCGAGACUGGAUCUUCUUUGCUCAGUGCAUAUUGCCCACCCAUCGCAUUAGGUGAGUUCUUCAAACACGCAGUAAUUGUUGUGCAGCACUGCUCAUAACUUUGAAUAAUCCGUCGCACUGCUGUGCUGUUUUAGACUGACAAAUGUUUACCCGUAACACUGCUAAUCCACAUUUAACAGUUUCUUUUUUACUUUUGGACAUGUGG